CUAUUAUUAUUAUGAGAUACAGUGUCUCUUUUAUUUUCCUAUGGAUGCUCCACUCACUCAGCCUCACUGAUGGUGCAGCAUUGCUUCAUGAAGGAUCACCCUAUUAUCCAGUAGGAGAGCUCUCCUUUGCAUGCAAGGAUCCUGGUAAACCUAGCUAUGGAGACAGGACCGGAUAUGAUUUUAGUAUUGGAGCUUCUGUCACUUUUGGAUGCUAUGAGGGAUUUGUUUUGGUUGGCUCUGAUACACUGACUUGUCAAUUUGAAGAGAAGAGAACUAAGUCCUCAAGCUCCAUUGCUGCCACAUGGUCUGAUCAUAUUCCAGUUUGUGUUCAUAAAAAGUAUCAAAAAGAUUUCAAAUGCAGCACUAAAGGUCCCAAGGCUCCUAAACCCGGUCGCUAUGCAGUUGAACUGAAGUCUGAUCUUAAAUCAGUUCAAGUGUUUGCAUGUGAUGACUACAAGUUCAUGCCAGACUCUGGAGACAGUAUACUGAAGUGCAUUGAUAAGAAGUGGAGUGGAACACCACUUGAGUGUAGAAGGAGGAAAAAGUGCAGUUUACAGACUCUAGCUCCCAACACUAAUCUUGUAUUGACGGGUACACUGGAGGGUGAUACUGGAAGGUUUAGUUGUUCCAAAGGAUACCGACUACCACCAGGGACUGAUGAAGAAAUAACUUGUACAUCAACUGGAGAAUGGUCGACUGGUUGGCCACAAUGUCAGAUUGUUGAUUGUGGUCCCCCUCCAUCCAUAUAUCAUGGUGUCUUCCAGUUCACUACUACCGUGUAUCAAUCAGUUGUCAAGUAUACCUGCCACACUGGCUACCAUAUGAUUGGCAAGAACACCAUUACCUGUAAAUCCAGUGGCCAGUGGUAUCCAGUGAGAGUAAGAUGUGAAAUUGUUAAGUGUCCUCAGCCUAUCAGACCCUUCAAUGGUCGUGUCUAUUACACUACUGCUCAAUACAAUGCAACAGCAAGGUAUGCCUGCAAUACUGGAUACAUGAGGAAUGGACCUGAGUUUAGAAGAUGUACAGAGAAUGCACAAUGGGUCCCACCAGCACCUUACUGUGAAGUUGUUAAUUGUCUUUCUCCACCUGCACUGCCUAAUGGAAAUGUUUCUGUUACUGCAACAACCAUUAACUCUGUUGCCACCUACUACUGUAAUGACAGGUUCCAGUUAAUGGGUGGAAACCCAAAGGUAAAGUGUCAAGCUGAUGGGACCUGGACUGAUACUCAAGUGACAUGUGUUGCUGAUUGUGGUACACCCGAAUCUGGUAACAACUCCAGGGUGAUAGUUAGUAAUACAACAUUUGGUUCAGUGGCCAAGUAUUACUGCAUACCCGGAUACUUUAUGCUUGGGAAUGGAACCAGGUACUGUAGGGAAGAUGGAACAUGGUCUCCACUCCAAUAUUUCUGCCAACCUGUCAAUUGUGGUCCACCUCCUGAAGUAGAGAACGGUGUUGUUAUUUACUCUGGUACUACACUAGCUCGUUCAGCAAGGUACAGGUGUGAAACUGGGUUUGAACUCAAAGGAUUGGAAAUAAGAGUUUGUACAGUGGAAGGAAAAUGGAGCGGGAACACACCAACCUGUGAAAUUAUUGAUUGCGGAAGGCCACCAGCUAUUCUCAAUGGCAACGUCAAUUUUACUGGUACCAUAUUCACAUCAAUAGCAACGUACACUUGUCAAGAUGGCUAUAAACUUCAAGGGCCUUCAAUAAGAUUCUGUAUGGACACUGGAAACUGGACCAGAUCAACCCCAACAUGCAAAAGAAUAACAUCAUGUCCUAGUCUUGAAGUCCCAUCCAACAGUCGUAGAGUGACAAUCCCAACUGCAGUCUCAUCAUCAUCAGUUCCCAUUGGAUCAGUAGUGUAUCACAUAUGCAGUGAUGAGUUUGACCUGCAAGGCUCUAGUGCCAGAAAGUGCCAAACUAAUGGAAAAUGGUCCGGAGAUCCAGUCACAUGUGUAGCUAGAAAUUUAACAUGCACUGGACCAGAAAAGAUGAUGGACUCUGCUGGCAGAAUGUGUCUCUGUUCUAAUGGCACUCUCACCAAUUGUCACCGCUACAGACAGGACUGGCUUAACCUGACCAGCCAGCAGAGAGAGGAGUACAUCACGGCAGUCAAGACACUCUCCAGCGACCCUCUCUAUCAGCCGCUAUACAGGAACCUAAUGAUUAGGUAUCGGAAUACGUCCCGGACCCUGUCUCAAAGUCUAGAACCCUCAAACACUCAUUUCUUACCAUGGAACCGCUACUACUUGCACCAGUAUGAGGACAUGCUGAGACUGGUGAACCCAAACCUGUACAUUCCAUACUGGGACUGGACACUACUGCACCAGACCCCUUACCAGAACCCUGUCUUCAACUCUUCUUCACAAGGAUUUGGAAACUCGUCAAAUCCAGCGACAAAGUGUGUGAAUGAGGGUCCGUUUAGACAAGGAAAAUUUAAAGUUGUUUCUCAAGGCAAAAUGAAGUGUCUUCGAAGGGAGUAUGGUGGUGCCACGCCUCUCUUGAGUCGUUCGGAGCUCGAGGGUGAAGUAUUGGUUCAGCCAGCAUCUUUGUUUCAGAGAUUUUUUAGAUUUUUAACGAUACCUUUCCUGACUGUGAGAUGCUCUAUUGGUGGUACAAUGUGUGAUCUUGAUGAAGUGACUCCCACUAAUGAUCCACUCUAUCUUCUCAUACUAUCAUUCAUUGAUAGUGUAUGGUAUCGCUGGCAGUCUCUCAGUGAGGGACACUUGAGAGCACGUUAUGCUGAUGAUAGUACAUUGUUAUUGCUCACAGAGCCAGAUCAAUUCACUUUGCAUCAAUAUCAUGAUUCCAGCCACUUGCCUUUCAAUGUUAGCGUGGAAUAUGGUGAACCGGUGGAUAGUAUAACAGGAAGAGAGAAAAGAAGAACAUCUUUUGUUGCUUCAAGCAAGAGCGAUGGUGAUGAUAGCUUUAUUCAUGAUGGCCCAGGUUUAAUUCACCUUUGUCCUGUACAAGAUGAGUUUUUGGAGAGACUAGAAUUGAGUGCUCAAGAGAAAGCAUUAGUGAAGUCUAUAUGUCAUUUUCUGUACAAUCCUCAAUGAUGAAGACAAAAUUAUAACAUUAUACUACCAGCUUUAUUUAUAAUUAAUUUAUGUAUCAAGCUCUAUAAUAAUGUCUAUUUUAAUUAUGAUUGUACUAUGAUAUUAA